UGGCGUCCUAUCCGGUCAGCCAGUUGCCAGCUGGCGUGCGUCAGCAGUAGACGCCGUUGUGUCAGUGUCUAAACAAGAGAGGCUAGAGCGAACCACCCCUUCAGCCAGCCAAGCCUCUGGACCAGUGAGAUGACCGGCGCCGCCCUCUCCGCGGCGAGACGCGCGUGCAGCGGCAGCCGCCGCCUCCUGUCGCUGCCGCCCCCAGCCGCCCCCGCCGCCACCUCUGGCUCUGGCAGGUGGCUGGCCACUGUCGCCGCCCCCGCAGAGGCGCCACCCAGCUCUCCGUCUCAAGAGUGGCUCAGCGCGAGGCCCUUCGAGGAGAUGCCGGGCCCCAAGAAGCUGCCCAUCAUCGGCAACCUCUGGAAUUUCAUCCCUAAGAUCGGAGAGAUGUCGAUUCAAGACUUGAAUCAAUUAAACGACUUCCUGUGGAAGCGUUACGGGGAUUUAGUGAAACUCGACGGCAUUCCUGGGCGGCCGACGUCUGUGAUCCUGUUUAACGCAAACGACAUUGAGAAAGCGUUCCGCAACGAGGGACCAUGGCCGCACCGGAGCGGCCUGCAGAGCAUGCUGUACUACCGGAAACACGUCAGGCCCGACUGGUUCCGGGACCGGUGCGGUGUCGCCGUCACCCAGGGAGAGGAGUGGUACAACUUCCGGCGCAAAGUCAACCAGCCCUUAAUGCAGCCUAGAUCCGCCAAGCUGUACGUUGGACCCAUAGACCAGGUGGCCGAAGACUUCGUGAACAGGAUGAUACUGCUCAGGGACGAAAACCUGGAGAUGCCGGACAAUUUCCUUAACGAGCUCUACAAGUGGGCCCUCGAAUCGGUAUCACUGGUGGCGCUGGACGCGCGCCUCGGUUGCCUGGAGCCCGAUUUCCCGCCUGACUCUGAGCCGCAGAAGCUAAUCGACACCGUGCAGGUCCUGUUCGACUCGAUAUACAAGCUGGAGUUCCGGCUGUCACCCUGGAAGGUCAUCAGCACACCCACCUGGCGGCGCUUCGUCCGGGGCCUCGACUACUUCUACGAGACAUCGAUGAAAUACAUCAACGCCGCCAUGGAACGCAUCAAGGCCAAAGGCGAGAACUCCACUGGAGACCUCAGCGUGCUGGAGCGGCUGCUGCUCCAGAAUGAUGACCCUGUAGUCGCCUGCGUCAUGGCGCUAGACAUGAUGUUCGCCGGCGUCGACACGACUUCCAACGCGGCGGCGGCCUGCCUGUACUACCUGUCCAAGAACCCGGAGGCGCAGCAGCGGCUGUUUGAGGAGGUGCACGGCCAGCUGCCAGAGUCGCAGAGUCAGCCGCUGACGGCCAGCAAGCUGGAGGAGUGCCGCUACCUCAGGGCGUGCUUCAGGGAAGCCAUGAGGUUGAAGCCCAUAGCACCAGGCAACGCCCGACGGGUCCUCGUCGAUGACUUUGUCUUAGGCGGCUACCGUAUACCUAAAGGGGUUGACCUCGUCAUGGGACACCCGCAGCUCUCGGUCUCUGAGCAGUACUUCCCUCAGGCGGACCAGUUCCGCCCAGAGCGCUGGCUGAAGGGCCCGGACGGCCGGUCGGAGGCGCAGGACGCGCACCCCUUCGCCUCGAUGCCCUUCGGCUUCGGCCCCAGGAUGUGCAUCGGCAGGCGCUUCGCAGAGCUGGAGGUCUACACGCUGGUGGCCAGGAUAAUCCGGCGCUUCCGCCUAGAAUUCCACGGUGACAUCAAGUGGAACACGGGCUUGAUCCAGUUCGCGGCAUCACCCCUCAAGUUCAAGGCCAUAGACAGAGACUGCUGACGACCGAGCCGUCGAUAGACCCAUCUCUACGGUGAAUGAUCCAUGGUUGGUUGGAAGGUUGGACUCGCAGUGAUGUGCGACGGCUUCGGAAAGAUGCUACGCCUUUCAGCUUACAAUAUAUGUAGCUGUCCGAUUUUGUUAACAGCUCACUGCAAAUAUUUCUUCACUUUAUAAUAAUUAUACAAAAAUAUCCAUCGUUAUUUUACCUGAUAAAGAUAACUGUUAAAUUAACUACAUGAUCCUUUUUGCAUUGCUAGAGGAUUUCCACGUAGGACAAGGAUAAGACGUUGCCAGAAGCACAGUUUAGUGGAGUGCGUCACAUGGUAACGGUUCUGGCAUUGUACAAGAAAGGUAACGAAGAAUUUGGCAGUUCUCAUAUCACAUGAGACAUGAGAGAUAAGAUGGACGUGGAGCGGAAUGAGCUGAGUGACACAGUGCCUUAGAAUGUGACGUCGUGAAGUAGUCACGUGGGUCAAAACCGCAUCAGUUUCUGUCGGGUUUCGGGAACGUGCUACGAAAAGUGAACGAAUACGAUCCAAGAUCGCAGUUCUACAGCACAAGCGACACCAAGCACAGCGUUUCGUUUUUUUCUUAUUUUUGCAAUUGCAUAUAUUGCAAUAAGCUGGUCCGAGGCUCCUAGAAAAUGAUGGGGAAUGGUUCCAUAGUGCAAUUUUUUUUUUUUUUUUUGGCAUCAAUCUUCUCGCUGGUUCGAUGACGCCCACCUUUGACUGCUCUCCUGUACCAAACACUUCAUCUCAGGUACCACUUGCACCUACUUCCUCAGUUAUUUGUUGAAUGUAUUCCAAUUUCUGUAUUCCUACUAUUUUUACCCUUUACGGUUCCUUCUAGCACUACGGAGGUUACUCUUCGAUGUCUUUAACACAUGUCUGUUAAUCCUGUCCCUUCUUCUUGUCAAUGUUCUCCAUACUUUCCUUUCUUCGCUGAUUCUAUGGAGAAACUCCUUAUUCCUUAUCUUAUUGGUUCAUAUGAUUUUCAACAUUCUUCUGUGGCAUCACAUAUCAAACUCUUUGACUAUAUUCUUUCCGGUUUUCCUACGGUCCAUGAGUCACUACCAUACAAUGCAGUUUGUGAAACGUAAAUCCUCCGAAAUUUCUUCCUCAGAUACAGACAAACGUUUGACAUUGGCAGACUUCUUUUGUCCAGCAAUGCCCUCUAUACUGUGCUGAUCUGCUUUUUAUGUCCUCCCUGCUUCGUCUACUGGUGUGUUAUUCUGCUUCCACGAUAGCUUCUUCUGCUUCCUGGUCCGGAAUUUUGGUGUUAAGUUUAUCGCUAAUGUCAUUUCUACUACUCCUCGUUACUUUCGUCUAGUUUCCAUUUACUCUCACUCCUUAGUCUGUACUCAUUAGACUGUUCAAUGCAUUCGACACGACCUUUAAUGCUUCCUCACUUUCACUAAGGAUAACAAUGUCAUCAGGGAAUCUUAUCACCGACGUCCUUUCUCCCUGAAUUUUAACCCCACUAUUUAAUCUUUCUGUUAUUUCCAUCUUUGCUUCUUUUAUGUACAGAUUGAACUGUAGGGGCGAAAGACUACAUUCCUGCCUUAAACAUGUUUUAAACCGAACACUUUGUUCCUGCCUUCACGUUAUUAUUGUUGUCCCUUGGUUCUUGUAAAGAUCGUAUAUUAUCCGUCUUUCCCUGUUUCUGACUCCUAUUUUUUCUCAGAAUUUCAUUUCACAUUGUCGAACGCAUUUUCUGUGUCGACAGAUCCCACGUAGGAGUCUUGAUUUAAGCCUUGCUUCCAUCAUCAUUCGCAAAGUCAGAUCUGCUUCCCUGAUUCCCUUCCCUUCCGAAAGCUAAACUUAUUAACAUCUAAAAGAUCCUCAGCUUUCUUUGCUACCAUACUUCAAGUGCAAAGGUACUGAGUUGGAAAUCUGACCAUAUCCAGAUGUUCUGCUCAGUCUAUAUUUGUGUACUUCCCCGCUGGUAUAGUGAAAAUGACAAAUUGGAGACGAAACUGGAAGUCACGAAGGCAAAACAGUAAGAAAUAUAAACGUUGUUGACGCUAGUGUCAUGUUUACAAACUACUUUCUCAUAUGUGUGUUCGACGCCCACAGGGGAAUAAAUCUUUAGCUCCCACGAAUGUUUAUAACAUUGUUUGCUAGUACAGAUGAUCAGUGAUACUUAGUUUAGCAGGAGAUUAUAGCAAUCCCUUUUGGAUCUGCUGGAAGCAAAAUGAAGUUACUGGGGAUUUUUUCAGCGUUUUUUUGAGAACCGGUGAUGAAGUUAACGCAGCUACUUAACGCGUGUCCAUUUCUGUAAGUAAACUGCGCGUCAGACGUAGUCGCAGACCAUGUCGGCCGUCACUUCACGUGAGAUGGUUUCUGAGUGCUGACCACCUAGCUACAAACGACGUCCGUCUUAGCUUGUAAAUACUAAAGUCUUAUAAUAUUACCUUAUCCUAUCAAUGUUAACCUUACUAAAUUCUGCUGUACUAUGUACUGUAAAGAUAUUUAUUGUAGGUGAAAGCGCUUAAUUAGUUUCAGUUAAUAGUUUUUUUGUCUCUACUGAUAAUGUAAAUACUUGUACAGAAAACGCAACUGCCAGUCAGGUAACAGACAACAUAUCAUUCGUCAGUUCAUCUGUUGGCAGUUAUUCGCCAUUAGUUUCACAGCGGUUACACUAAUUAUUUGUCUUUAAAUGUUUGUAACUUCUUAACUAAAACAUAUACAAAUUGAGUUGAUGCAGCAGUAUUUUCCAACAGAACAUUCAUUUUCUUUAUCUGCCACUUUUGUGGUUCUAUCACAUCUUUUCUUCUCCAUAAGUGGUAUUCAACCUUUUUUGCCAUCAUUUGUCUUAAGCCCUGUACUGACCACAUACAAAAUUGUAAUUUCUGUCCUCCAAGCGAGUGUCACAUCCAUUUCUGAACGAUUACUAAAUCAUAGCAUCUAAUAUAUUUGCUGUAUUCAUUAGUAAUCCGUACUAAUUUGUCUUGUGAGAAAGACGAGAGGUAUAUCACGUAUUAUGCGGUAUACAUUGUAUUUUUGUUACCACACUGCCAGUGAAUAAGAGUUAUAUCUGUUACCAAUGUAAAAAAAAUGCUAUUGAAACGUUGUAUUAUUAUUUCAUAUUAC